GUGGAAACGAGCCAGCCGACAGGCCUGUCCUCAAGACAAGAAGUCGUCCGAAGUAAGUGCGGCUGAAUUCACGGCCGGUGCAAGGUAGGGAGACCUGUUGAUUGGCGAAGGAGUCCAGUACUUCGACGUCCAUCCUCUCUGCCAGCCUCGCGACACGUCAGCUUCCCUUCACUUACCCCAAUCUAGCCACCCCUCUCGAGGUGCCGGACAUGGCCCAACGGUAGGUACUUUGUAGCCCUUCGAGCUUGCUUCUGCCGUCUCUGCUUCUCCAUUUCCCCAAGUCUCUCCUUUCUCUCCUGGACGCAACACGUGUAGUGUCUAUUCAUACAACUUUGUUUCACAGCCGUGGCACUAUUAAACUGUGAGCCGUGAACCGUGACGACAUCGGGGUAACACAACAUUCAACAUCGACGGACACAGCAGCAAUAAACAAUUCCCACAAUGGACGUUGUCAACCUCGAUCGAUGCCCACCCUAUGCCUCCUUCUUCGGAGCCCUGGGCUGCGCCUGCUCCAUCAUCUUCACCGUCUUCGGCGCAAGCUAUGGCACCGCCAAGUCAGCCGGCGCCAUCUUUUCCUCGGGCGUGAUCCGGCCGGACAGGCUCAUGCAGAACACGCUAUGCGCCAUCAUGGCCCAGAUCAUAUCCAUCUACGGCCUGGUCGCAGCCGUGAUCAUCUCCAACAACCUCGUCGAAAAGAUGGCGCUGCACACAGCCUUCUUGCAGCUCGGCGCGGGCCUGGCGGUGGGCCUGUGCGGGUUGGCGGCCGGGUUCGCCAUCGGUAUUAUUGGCGAUGCGGGCGUCCGCGCCAGCACGCAGCAGCCGCGACUGUACGUCGGCAUGGUGCUCAUCCUCAUUUUCGCCGAGGUUCUGGGCUUGUACGGUGUGAUUGUGUCGAUCCUGAUGCUGACCAAGUCGACGCUGGGCGUGACCGAGUGCCCCUAUUAACUUAGACAGUUGAGGGUAGGUGGUCAAGGGGGGGGUAGGGGGCUGGG